AGAUUGAAUUCACUUCAGGAACUUCAGCUCCUUGAGAUCAUGUGCAAUUAUUUCCAAGAGCAAACCAAGGAUUCAGUCCGGCAGAUCAUUUUCUCAUCUCUCUUCAGCCCUCAAGGAAACAAAGCAGAUGACAGCAGGAUGGCUUUACUAGGAAAGCUGGUUUCCAUGGCAGUGGCUGUGUGCAGGGUUCCUGUUCUGGAAUGUGCUGCCUUCUGGCUGCAGCGAACCCCCGCUGUGUACUGCGUGAGGCUAGCCCGAGCCUUGGUUGAUGACUACUGCAACUUGGUGCCAGGGUCCAUCCAGACGCUGAAGCAGAUAUUCAGCGCCAGUCCUCGCUUCUGCUGCCAGUUCAUUACCUCUGUCACGGCGCUCUACGACCUCUCUUCAGAUGACCUCAUCCCUCCUUCAGAUCUGCUUGAGUUGAUUGUUUCCUGGAUCUUUGAAGACCCUCGCUUGAUCCUCAUCACCUUUCUAAACACACCUAUUGCAGCCAACCUGCCAAUAGGGUUUUUAGAGCUCACCCCGCUGACCGGACUGAUCCGUUGGUGCGUGAAGGCCCCCUUGGCUUAUAAAAGGAAGAAGAAAGCCUCUCUCUCAAAUGGACAUCCUCCCAGCAAAAUUGCCAAGGACUCGGCUUCAGGAGAAGACAGAGAUUGCCAUCAGCUGUAUUCAAAACUGCAUCUAAGUGUCCUGCAGGUUCUCAUGAUGCUUCAGGGGCAUUUAACGGAGAAGAAUCUUUAUGGGCGCCUGGGGCUGGUACCCUUUGACCACGUGGUUCCACUCGUUGAGGAAAUUAACAGACUAUCUGACGAACUCAAUCCUCUCAACGCAUCCAAAGAGAUUGAACUGGCUCUAGACAGGCUGGCUCAGGCUUUGCAAGUGGCCAUGGCAUCAGGAGCGCUCCUGUGCACUAGAGAUGACUUGAGAACUGUGUGUUCCAGGCUACCGCAUAACAACCUGCUGCAGCUGGUGAUUUCAGGUCCAGUCCAGCAACCGACCCACGGCGCUCUGCCACCAGGAUUUUAUCCUCAUAUCCAUACUCCUCCUCUGGGCUACCCCGCUCACCCGGCUCACCCUGCGCUACCCGCUCACCCGGCUCACCCGGCGCUCCCGGCUCACCCCGUACAAACGUUUAUACCAGGAAUGACAUUCCCAUACCGACCUAUCCGCUAA